AUGCCUCCAUGCAGAAUACGUAUGACAAAGACAAAACCAGAAGUAACUUGGUUUUCUACAUUAUUUCAACAAAUCGAUUAUCUCAUUAUUGAAAUGCCAAUAAUAUGCUAUUCAAUUUGGGAUUUUUUCCCCAGUAUUAUUAACGCUCGUCAUAGAACUGUUACUGAUGAUGAUGCACAGGAAAAUAUUAAUAUUCUCUCACAAUUUGUUCAUUUGCCCAGUGUUAUUCAAAUCGAAUUCGGAUCAACGUUUAACAUGUAUCGAUGGAAAGAUAUUCAAUUCAUUCUAAAGUGA